AUGCCUCGUUUAGGGACCAGUGAUGCCGACAACAUAACCUUGACCGAGGCAACAACCAAGGAAUGCAUUGGGUGCAAGCGGGUACUUGCUUCGAAACAGUUUGCCUUGGCUACCAAUGGCAAGGGCAAAGGACUGCCAAAGGCAACUUGUAUGUCUUGUUCUGUACGACAGUCUGAAUGGGCUAAAGAGAAGUACCGUGAAAUAUGGGAUACUGAGAAGGAAAAUACCACCAACGAACCCACCAAUGAGUCAGCGGCUGCUGGACUUGGUGUUGUAGCACUGGAAGACUUCCUCGCACUUCUCAGCAGGCAGGGGAAUCACCUUGAAGUGGAUGCUAAUGUGGACAUUAGCAGUGUCAACCCAAAUCUGUCUCUGGAUACCCGCACAAUUGCAGACUGUAUUACCAAGUUAAUUUGGGAUAUGAUGAGUUACCAUUGGCUCUAUCAUAGUAAAUAUGUUUAUCGACGUUCUGGUGGUGACAUAAUCCAGUAUAGAUGUCAUUGUGCACAGAGAAAUACACACUCCAAGAAGCCUAAAAAGAGUGCUCCGGAUGUAGAGAAGAAACGUGAUAAGCAGAGCAUGCUUACCUUUGCAUGUGAAGGCCGGCUGUAUAUCACUAUUUCACGUCACUCUAUGAUCGCUGAAAUAUCUGUGACACACCGAGAGGAUCAUAUCCCUUACUGUUGCAUUGAUAUCCCAAAAGAGGUUCAUGAACUCUUAUGGAAUAAAAUUCUCGAGAAGUACCCUAAUCUGAUGUUUACGGGGAAGGAUAUCUACCAGAUCUGGUCUAAAAUUGGCAGCCAGCAAUGGAAGCGUGAUGAAGAUGAGAUGGUGUCAGCAAAAAUGCUUCUGGAGGAGGGAUGCAAACAAGGAGGACUAGGGGUUUACUCUGUGUUGCCAAUUGAGCUGAUUCCAGAACCCAGUUUAGAGGCUCUGGCUUUUGUGCUCCCAGAUGCCUUGAAGCAGUGGGGUGGAAGAAUACAAGAGCUAUCUCUUGAUUCCACAUGGAAUACAAAUGGCACACAGUUCGAGUUGUAUGCUGCACUUGGCAAAGUAUAUGGAUCAGGCCUUCCUCUUGGAUACAUUUUGAUUCAGUCCAAUGGCAGCAAACUAGGAGGUAAAGAAAAGCUCCUUUGUCAGUUCCUCAAAUGUCUUAAAAAUAACUGGGACCUCCAGAUUCUUAUCACACUCUCAGACAAGGAUUGGACUGAGAUCAAUGCACUCCGAGCUGAAUUUCCAGAGGCAAAGCACCAAUUGUGCUUUUGGCAUGCACUCCGGGCCAUUAAGCAGAGGCUGGCAAUUUUGCGGUGUAUGCCUGCAUUCUAUGAUGCCAAUAUUGCACAUCUCAAGUUCCAUUGGAUAGAUCAGAAUUUUAGUAAUGAGGAUGCUUAUGUGGCUACACAAGCUCUGCCACGAAUAACUGUGCGCUUGAAUGGUAUAGUACAGCCUCUCACCAUACCACAAAAGCAAAAACUGGUUAUUGUCCUUCCUCCUUUGUCUGGUUUGCCCGAAACUGAAUUAGCUGGGAAUUUGGAAGAUGGAGAUCAAGUCUCUGAAGAUGAUGACACCAGCAGUGCUAGUGGUGAUGAUGAUGAAGGUGGGGGCAUCCUAAGAGGCUUGAGAGAUGACAAUGGUGUUGAAGUAGAGGAUGCACCUGACUGGGUAUUUGACGAAGGCGAGCAAAAGUCUGACAGCCCAGACUAUGUAUUCUGUCCUGUGCCUCACCGCAAAGCCAUUCUUCACCUUUUUGCCAAGCACUUCUGCCAGCACCCACUAUUCAUUGAAUGUGACUCAGGCGGGAAAUGUAAUUUAUCUUUGAAAUGUACACAUUCUGCUAAGUGCGAGGCCUCUGGGAGGUAUGGGGAUACCUGUGGACAGCAUGGUACUUGCCUGCACGAUAAGAUCUGCGAGCACGAUCAACAACAUCAAGAAUUUCCAGAGUUUGGACCACAAUGA